AUGGAUAAACUAUCGACCGCAUUACCGGCAACGGUCGGAUCGGUGUGCGGUGUGACGGACGUGAAGUUUUCCCGUCCACUGCCGAGUUCCUCGUUUAGUAUAGAAAAUUUGAUCGCAGUCAAACGGCGCCGCAGUCCGGGAAGAUCUGCGUCGCCCGAGAUCGAUCCCGUCGAUCAAGGGUCUUGCUCUCCACCGGCAGUCGGAUCUAAUGCCGCCGGUGGACUCCUGCUCGAGGCGUCUCAACAGCAACAGUACCUGGCAGCGGCCGCUGCAGGAUAUAGUGCGGCCAUGCUUUCGUUUAGCUCCUUUCCACCACUGUACCAUCCUUGGGGUGCAACAAUCCCGGCCGCCGGGCGUUAUCUGUCUCAGGCGGCGAAUGAAAAAUUGUCCACCCUUCUGCUGCACCACUCGAGUGGGGGACAUAAAUCGUACCCGGGUGGGGAACCGUGUGCCGGUGCGUAUCCAUCGAGUGAGGCGCAGCAACCGUCGGUGGGAAUGUCCUUGCCAGGUGCGGCCAGCCCGAGGGGUGCCAGAAGUGGCGAUAAAUUGUUCCCAAAUGAGGCGGAUCUACUGUCGAAGGUGUAUGCCGUCUAUCAACAUCAGCAUCACCAACAGCAUCACUCACGGUAUCACAACAGCUCUGGCUCACCUGGGGUGACCGGCUAUGUUGGGCCGUUGGAUUCGAACGUACCACAUGGCAUGGCAACAGCCGGGAAUGUUCAACUCCAACAACAGCCACAGCUGAUGGAGCUACCAGGUGGAGGCACUGUGGCCCCGGGCGGUGAUGGAGAGGAUGAGGAACGUACGCGACCAAUGGAGGACGGGGGAGAGAGUGCGGAUGGGUCGGCAUAUAGCGAUGACAUUAGUCUGACACUUUCACCGUCCGGAUGCGGCAAAACGACCGAUCUCGGCGACACGGACUCGGAUGCGUGUUCGGAAGAUGACUGUACACAGAAUUCUUCUUCCUCCGGACGGGUUGGCAAAUCCGGCAGCGGAGCGGAAACAUCCAAAUCACGCCGUCGGCGAACUGCCUUUACGUCCGAGCAGUUGCUGGAGCUGGAGCGAGAAUUUCACGCCAAAAAGUACCUCAGUCUUACGGAACGUAGCCAAAUCGCGACCAGCCUGAAGCUGAGCGAAGUCCAGGUGAAGAUUUGGUUCCAAAACCGACGUGCCAAAUGGAAACGGGUGAAAGCUGGUCUAAAUUCGCACGGGCUCGGAAGUCGUAAUGCUAGCGGUUCUACUUCCGGUACGACCGGGGCAGCUAAUAAGAUCGUUGUACCGAUCCCGGUGCACGUGAACCGGUUCGCCAUUCGUUCGCAACACCAGCAAAUGGAGAAGAUGAACCUGGUAGGGCCGAAAGCUGAACUGCGCAAGGCUGAUCUCGGCCUAGCGGAAACGGGAGGAUUCGAACGGUUUGGACUAAGCAAGCACCUAUCGAAGGUGGUACCGACGGAGCCGUCCAUUAAUAUGGUGGAACCGCUGCAUCAAUUGGGACCAACAGAGGGAGCCACCAACGGCACCAUUGAUAAUGAUGGUGACGGUGGUGGAGGAGGUGGUGGAGAAGGAGGUGGAGGUGGAGGAGGAUUUCAGUUGGGGUUGGGAAUGUGUUCACUUGCUGCCCCACCACACAGUGCCUCCCAUCCAGUCGCCCUCGUCGUUAAUCCGAAAACAUUCUAA